AUGGUGGUAUCGAGAAGAGAGUUAAUGGAAGAUAGAUUAAGUGAGUUUCACGAUUCAAUUCUUUGUCACAUUCUUUCUUUUCUUCCAACCAAACAUGCUGCAACCACAAGCAUCCUAUCUAAGAGAUGGAAAUCACUAUGGCUCUCUGUCCUCACUCUCGACUUCGACUGCAAAUCCUUCAAAGACAUGGCCGCCUUUGAUUAUUCUGUACAAAAGUUCAUGCUCUUACGAAAUAUCGGACUUCCGAUCCUUUCCUUUCGUUUCAAUUGCACCCACCGUUUUUGUUUUUGCAGCAAAUCUGAUGUUACUCUAUUUGUUUCCUAUCUAACGAAUAGAGGAAUCGAGAAUCUUAACAUUAAAAAUAAUAUCAUAUUACCACCUAGUAUUCUUAGUUGCAAGACCCUUAAGGUUCUUAAGUUGAUUGGGGCAAUAGUGAAUAGUUUUUCUCAUCAAGUGGAUUUUCCGGUUCUUAAAAUUCUUCAUUUAAAGGAAAUGAGAUUCGAACGUCAUGAAUUACUUGUAAAACUUCUGUCAGGCUGUGCUACACUUGAGGAGUUGCAAACCAAAUAUUUAUGUGUACAUUAUAAGGAUUCACUUGUUUCAGAGAAAGAGUUUGACGGCUUGUUACCUAGUUUAAUCAAAGCAAAUAUUUCUUUUGACAACUCUAUUAUUCCGGUUAAUUUGGUUCGUAAUGUGGAGAGUCUAUGUAUGAAACAGGAUAAAAGUUGGGAGGAUCCACCAAUAGUUCCAAAAUGUCUUUCAUCGCAACUAAGAACAUGUUGGCUUGCAUAUUGUAAAGGCACCAAAAAUGAGCUCCAAUUUGCCAAAUACAUUUUAUAA